AUGAACUCUCUGAACAUCCUCUCCUCGCGGGUCAUAGGGCAGUCCACCAACUCUUCGCGCCCACGAUCGCAAUCGCAAAGCGAAAAGCGGCGCCUUGCAGCACCAGCAGGAUUUGAUUUUAGCAAACACCGAUCCUACAGCGAAAGCAACUUUCCCCGGUCAGGCGCGGCUGGCUCGGAUCAGAGUUAUGAUCAUACGGUACCCGAUGCGGAAGAUGACGCCUACGAUGCUACGAACCAGAACAUUGACGAAAAGACACCAUUGAUGCAUGGAUUGCAGACAGAUGAGGUUCUGACUUCAAAGGGCUCAUGGCGUCUUCUCACCAAACGAAUCGUUGACGCAAUAACCGAGAGCAUUCAAUGGAUUCUCUCCACGCUUGCUGCACCCGGUAUCUUUAUCGCCCAGUUGUUCCAAGAUAGCGAUGGAAGGUUUUCACUGUUUGCGCCUAUCCGAAGGUUCUGGCAAACAUCUUCCGACUCAAGCUUGCAACCAAAUAAAGAUGCUUCUCGAAUACAAACAAGGCGGAGAAGUGGUUCAACUCGUCAGAUCAAAUCGCAGGCAUCGCGUGAUUCCAUAUAUUCAAACACAUCUGAGUCCGAGGGCGACCAUGGGCCCGGGAGUGGGACGGGGAAGAAGAAGACUCGAUCGGUCAAAGGUCAAAUCCAGGAUUUGGAUGGCAACCAGGACGAAGCCACACCGCGACGUUCGAUACGCAUCAAGUUGCAUAAUGAAGAGGCACUCAAGAGACAGAGACAGCAUCGCCGGAACCAGAGCACAGACUCGGGCGGAAAAUUGCCCGAAGGCGUGUCUCGAGUUCAAGGCGCUGUUAAUCUUGACAGCUUGAAGUCGCCCACAUCCCCCUCUGUCCACCGUAUCACCAAGUAUCCUCAUGCUCCAGCUCCUCCACGCCCGCUUCUCCCGGCCCGGGUACCUUCAUAUACAGCUGCCACGCGCAGCUCAAACUUGCCUCAAAAGACGUUAGUCUUGGAUUUGGAUGAAACGCUCAUCCACUCGCUCGCAAAGGGGGGUCGUAUGUCCAGUGGACAUAUGGUGGAGGUCAAACUCUCGAUGCCUGUCAGCACUGCACUCACACCUGGAGGCCCGCAAACUACCCUGGGCCCUCAGCACCCCAUUCUGUACUAUGUCCAUAAACGACCUCACUGCGACGACUUUUUACGGAAGAUUUCCAGGUGGUACAAGCUGGUUGUCUUCACUGCCUCGGUGCAAGAGUAUGCCGACCCUGUGAUCGACUGGCUCGAGCAGGAGCGGAAGUACUUCCAGGGCCGCUAUUAUCGGCAACACUGCACUUUCCGCAACGGUGCCUAUAUUAAAGAUCUCAGCUCUGUUGAACCUGAUCUGAGUAAGGUCAUGAUUCUGGACAACAGUCCCAUGAGCUAUCUGUUCCAUGAAGACAAUGCCAUUCCCAUUGAAGGAUGGAUCAAUGAUCCCACGGACAAUGGCCUGCUACAUCUGGUACCCAUGUUGGAAGCUUUGCAGUACGUGACUGAUGUUCGAGCUCUGUUGGCUCUUCGUCGAGGUGAAACUGAGACAUAG